AUGAGUGAGGAACAUUCUAAUGAUCAUAUAGAAGAUGUUGUUUUAUGUUCACAAAAUUGUGAUGAAAUAAAUUCUCCUAAGAACGAAAAAGACGAGAAAGAUUGUAAAAAUUUCUCUUCUGAAUCUAGUGAUUCGUAUUAUAAAAAUAAAUUUCGCUUGAAAAAGAAUUCAAUUGAAAUAAAAAAAAAAAGUUUAUUAAAAAGUAAACUAAAAAAUGAUGAUAUACAAACAAUUAUAAAAAAUGAUCCUAUCUUAAGCAAACUUAAUAAAACCAUGACAACUGAUGAAGAAAUUUUUGAUCUUGCUAAUAAAAAAGAGAAUAAGACGAAAUUCAAAUUAGAAAAAGAAAAAAAAGAAAAAAAAGAAAAAAAAGAAAAAAAGCUAACAAACGAUUCAACAAAUAAUAAAAAUAAAAAUAAUAGUGUCCUCUUCUUAAAUGAAAAUCAAGAAAACAAAAACCAACUUAAUCAUAACAACGAAAUUAUAUAUGAAUUAAAUGAACAAAUAUAUGAUAUUAAUAAUAUAUCUGAAGAUAUUUUAAAAAACGAAAAUAACCAUAUCAAUAUAGAAUAUAAUGAAAAAGUACAGGAUCAAGAUAAUACACUUAAUAUAAAUGAAACAGUAAAUAAAAUACAAUUAAAUUCUACUAGAAAACAAAAGCAAAAAGAAAAAACAAAAAAAGAAAUUAAAUUAAAUGAACAAAAUGAAAUCAAAAAAAAUAAUCAAAAUUUUAAUUCUUCCAUAUUAAAUGAAAUUAAGAAAAACAAAGAAUUAUCACCUUUAAGUUUGAUAAAAAAGCACGGACGAUUAAUAAACAAUAUUGAAGAAAUAUAUAACAGCAAUUGCGAACAAAUACAAAACGUUAGAGACGAAUUCGCUGAAUUAAAAAAUGACCUCAACAAAAUUAUGAAUUUAAUAAAUAUUGGUCAGAAGGCAGUAGCCUCCCUAAAAUAA